UCUAGAUUUAGAACCACCCAAUCUAUAGGAAAAGAUGUCCUUUCAUUUCAAAGUAUUUUCGAUACUGACGAAUACAGUCGUGGCAGUGAUUGUGGUUUGUGUAAUAGCUCAUGCAUCAGCAUCCACGGACCCGUCUACACCAGAGGAAGAGGAGGAGAAGAUGGACACGGUGGAAGAAUACGUCUCAAGAAUGAUGAGUAAGUUUCCCGUAAAAAAGGAGCCAGUGGAACCAUACGUGUCGGGCAUCCCAUACAGCCCUAAUGUGGUCUACGAGCGGUAUUGGACAGAUGUGCCUGACAGAACGUGGGAGGAAAAAUGUGCUCGAUGCCCCGAGCUCUUUAAAAGCUACGGGACGGUGUGCGCUAUGGACAGCACAGGGGAGUUGUUGGUCAACAUCACGAUGUGCAAACUGCUUCAGAUGAACUGCCUCGGCGGCACAGCGCGAGGAAAGUCAAGGGGAAAGUGGGCAGACUUCAAAGACGACUAUUUCGUGGUCCAAGAAGGCUGGGCGCGCUUCGCCGUCCGCCAUGAGCAGAAUCUGGUGGUCCACCUCUCCAGUACUCCGGACCUGCGGGCCCCAUAUUACACGAUGCUCAUCGAUGACUACUACUGGAGAGGCUACAGCUCAAUAUACAAAGACAACCACUAUCAGCCGUGGUUUUGGACUCCAUACUAUGCAUAUGCAUCUUUGUUGGGCAAAGAAAAGUGGGCAGAAUACGUGAUCCAUUGGAACUCCACGACGGGCUGGCUGCUCAUUACGCGCUCCAGCUACGACACCUAUAUUAACAACUUCCACUUCAACAUAAAUGAUGCCAAUAACUUCCCCAUCAAAUAUAUCGCCAUUGGAGGGAGUGCCGGCUAUGACGGGGAGUGGAUCAUUAAAGACUUACCGUCAGGUUUCGUCGUAAACCAAUUGUCUCCGUGCAAAGACCUUAGACUGGGCAUGGUGCGGUCGCUAGUGACCAGCCCCACCGACGUGCCCGGGAUCAUGGCGCGGCUCACGCCCGUCAACGAGCGCUACAUCUCGAUGGUCGACUACGCGGGCGUGCAGCAGGGGAACGGGACACACUUCGGGAACGUAUCAUUUCUUACCAGGGAAGAGUACUAAGACUACUCUAAACUUGAAAAAAAAAAAAAUUUUUUUUUUUUUAAUUAAUAGACAAGGAAACAGGACAAAGAGUUUACUGAACGGAUGAAAAUUAUGUAAAACAUAGUUUGUAAUAAUAUAAAUGACAAAAAAAAAGAAAAAGAAAAAGAGAGAGAAAAUAAACACGCGUGUGUUUUGUUUUAUUAUCAUAUUAUUUCAUUCGGUAAGGUCAUCAUGGGCGUAAACUAAAACAAAUACUGUUCAUGCAGACAUGUGAGAUGUAAAACACUAUACCUACACAGCUCUUUCAAUCGAGAUUUAGUCUAAUAAAUAGUAAACGUAGGUACUUACUUACACUUUACUCUAAAUACCCUCCUUCUCCCACUUAAUCAACGUUAGGGAGCCUAACGUGUAAAAGCGUAGUUACAAUAAAUGUAAGCAAAUAUUGAAAGCCGUAUAACUUAGUUAAUUUAGUUAAUAAGUAAAAUGAUGAUAUGUGAAGAGCGAUUACAGCGGCAGUUAAGCCCUAGGGGGCUUUGUUCGCUGUCAUAUUUUGUUAAAUGUAGGUAUAUUAAUAAAAUAAAAAAUAAAUAUCUUUAUUUCAGAAUAUUAAAAAAUUCCAUACAAUAUUGUUAGUAUCAUAUCAUUAUAGCUACAUGUUAGUUAUGUGUAUAUGCCUUGUGUUAAUAAAUAAAUGAAAAAAAUAAAAAAUUGGCGGUAUUUUAUAAGUAAGGCUCCUUUCCCAUGAUUAAGACGGUAAUAGUACUAGCACUAUCAAUCGAGCUGAACAGUAUUUAAAGUAAAGUGUAAGUAAGUUUAGUAUUUAUUUGAUUCAAACUCGAUUGAAAGAGAACCGGCCCGAUUCGAACUUUAAUAUACCUACGUCAAUUAAUAGAUCUAGAAACGAUCACGGACCUAGAGAGUAAACCGGACAGAGUACAUUAGCCAAAAAGUGUGUCCACAUGAGAAGUCAAGGUGGGCCGUUGCAUCUCUUUCUAAUUAGGGUGACCAUAAGUCAUAUGUAUGUGGGAUAAUAGGAUAACAUUGAAUAUAUAGUUUGGCCAGGAUCUUUUGUUAUUCGUGCAUAGUUAUAGAGAAUCAUACUGUAUUUUCGCUGUACUAGUAUUAUGGUCUGAAAAGGGAUGGAUAUAGUUUUUUUCUCUUCUUUAAAACGCUUCACACAACCUUAGGCACUUAAUUUAGUUGUUCUAAAAGCUGUUGCUAAUAGGCGCACUGGACCACGAACAUGGUGGAUCGUCAGGAAUGUGGUCCGCCGUAACGUCUGUCAAGAACACGGGUAUGAGUGAGAGAGAUAGAGAGACAGAUAUGGUGACAGAACCAGAGGGUCUACCGCGAACCAAGUUCGACGUGUUGCCUCUCUGUCACACUUACGUACGAAUUUACAAGUGCGACAGAGAGACAAAAUGUCGAAAGUGGUUUGGGGUAGGCCCUCAGGGCAGUGGGGGAUUUACAGUUUUUGCCGUCCUAGGCCCCAGGCCCUGUAGCAAGCACUAGACGCCCCUUUCUCAGCACCCAUCAUAUAGACUGCCCCUAGGCCCGGGCCUAUUCGGCCUUAGAGCAAAUCCGCCACUGCCUCAGGGUCGCGUGGAUCCGCUACGCCCGUUUGUUAUAGUUUUUAACUAGGACGCUUGUCACUGGAGCAUAAAUUAAAUUAAAAAAAUAAAUAUCAUUUAUUAUCAGGCGACUAAGGCCCAUAGAUACAUACCUUACAAACUAACAUACGUACAAUAGUAAAAAUCUUACAAGCUAAAAAUUAUUUCGGUGUCACCGAAAACCAUAAACACCGAAGUUCGCAAAUUGCGAGCAUCUUUCUCUGUCACUGUAAUUACUCCUUUAUAGGAGUAAAAGAGAAAGAUGCCCGUAAUUUGCGAACUUCGGUGUUCACGGUGGUAGGCCAUCUGUGCGAAAAGAGAAGAGUCAUGAAAUGUAAAGAAACUAGUGAUGUGCCGUUCCCAGUAAAUUUUCCAAAGAGGGUAAGCCCUCAUUCGCACGAGCGCUUUUUCAACGCGCGUUAAAAAAGCGCGUUAGAAUGAAACAAAUGGAAACAUGUGUAUUUGUUCACACGAUGGUGGUGGCGCUUUUUAUCAAGCCUUGUUAUUUUUUUUCGACUUUAAGCGUUGGUCGUUAAAUCGAAUUUAGCGUGUGAACGGAUUCAACCCCUUUUGUAACGCGCGUUGAAAAAGCGCUCGUGCUUAUGAGGGCUAAAUUCCCAGUAACGUUUCUGGUAUCGUCCCAAAAGGCAGUAAAUUACGAUAAACUUCUAUUUUUCUUUUAUUAUCUAUGUGCUUUUUUAUUAUUAUAACAAUUUAUAAAUGUGUCUGUAAUGUUUAAGGACUUUGGAUUUCAAUUUUUGCAAUUAUUUAUUCUGUAUUGGCUCUCAUUUCACCAAUUUAAACAUGCCGAAAUAAAUACAUACCUAUUUAUGAAAACUUACGUUUAAGUACGUAAUAAGAAUUGUGUAAAACCAUAAAGGAAGUGGUAAAACUGGUUCUCAUCGUGCCGACAUCAUGGUCACCCUAAUGAGUUUGACAAUGUCUAACUUGUAUUUUUAUCGUAAAAUGUAAUAAUUGUGGCUUCCUUGUGAAACGAUAUUACACAAUCAGAAAUUAUUUCACUCCCACAACCUUUAACGCAACAUUUCUUCACCAUUUUUAAGAAAUUUUGCAUUCACGUGUUUUGUAAAUAUGUCAUCAGGUUAGGGAUACCAAUUAAUAUUCAAACUUACUACUACAAUGUCUACCAUAUCAAAAUUAGUGUUUUUUAUUGUUGUGCACAUGCUUGGUUAAAUCAGUUAAUAAUAUUGACAUCAUAAUUAUUUAUUUAUUUAUUUAUUUAUUUAUUUAAACUUUAUUGCACAAAAUACAAAUAAAAUGUACAAAUGGCGGACUUAAUGCCUAAAGGCAUUCUCUACCAGUCAACCAUAGGGCUAAACAGAGAUGUAAUAAAAAUGGUGCAAGAAGAAGAGUAAGAGAAUUCAAUUAGGAACUAUUGCAAACAACUGAAAAACAUAAUAAACUACAUAUACAAUACACAGAUAAAAAUAAUAAAAUAUAUACAAUGAAUAUACUACUACAUAAUUCUCACAUACAUACUAAUAUAUUACGAUGGAUACUACCUACUCAUACUCUUGUUUCAGCAGAUGUUUAUGCAGCAUCCUCUUAAAAGCAAAUUUGCUCGGGGCUUGUCUUAUGUUGAGAGGGAGUGAAUUCCAGAGACGACUCGCCUGGACAGCGAAGGAAUUAGUCAUGAAACCAGUAUGGUGAGCAGGAACUGAAAGUUUGAGAAUACGAGAGGUUCGCAGCUCACAGCCUGGGCGAGGGGUGUCAAACACGAACUUAUUCUUAAGAUAUUUAGGAGCAAAAGGCUCAAACAUAAUAGAAAAUAGAGUACAAAGUAUUCUGAGGCAUCUACGGCGACGGAUAGAGAGCCAAUUGAGUUGGCGGCGGUAGAAGGAAAUACGAUCAUAUUUACGCAGGCCAAAGAUGAAUCGUAUGCCAUUGUUGAGGAGACGUUCUAGUUUGUUAAGGGACUCUUGAGUGGCGUUCGUUGUACACACAUCACCAUAAUCAAUAAUUGGCAAAAUCAACGCCUGUACCAACAUCUUUUUCGUGCUAACUGGUAGGAAAUUCUUAAACUUAUAGAGAGAUCUUAAUGUUCCUGAAACCUUUCUGCUCACAUCCGCCAUAUGGCCGCUCCAGGAAAAGGUAGAAUCAAAAAUUAACCCUAAAUUUUUAACCUUUGCGCUCACAGGAAUAAUAGCCUCAUCAAACAGGAUCGGUGCGAUAGAAACUGAAUUAAGCUUAGAGAUUUGCCGCUGGCUUCCCAAAACUAUGGCUUGGCACUUGGCUGGGUUGACACUAAUCCCAAAACUGUCAGACCAUUCCGCGAUGCGAUCCAGAUCAUUGUUAAGCAACGAGAUGGCCGUGUUUAUCUCGUUCACGUUAGCUUGAGCGUACAGCUGCAGGUCGUCGGCGUACAGAUGAUAGGAGCAACGAAUAUUGGUGGUAAUUAGGUUGAUAAACACAGAAAAUAAAAAGGGAGAAAGAAUACCUCCCUGAGGGACUCCAGUGUCUAGCGCACACCAAUCAGACAGUGAGCGGCCAGCACGAACUGCCUGGACACGAUCUGACAAAUAGGAGGAAAACCAUUUUGUUGCCUCUGAAGACACACGCAAGUGAGUCAAAGUAGCGAGUAGUAGGUCAUGGUCAACCACAUUGAAGGCGUUAGAGAAAUCUAUAAGCACCAGCACCGUAACGUUACCAGCUUCCAUCCCAAGUCGAAUAUCCUCGGCAACUUUAAGAAGUGCUGUGGUGGUACUGUGACCGGCUCGGAAACCAGACUGAAGUGGUGACAAGAGAUUAUACUGGUGAAUAAACUUCGAAAUUUGUUUAUGGGCCGCUGCCUCGAGAAUUUUAGAUAGAAAUGGAAGGAUAGAGAUCGGCCGAAAAUGAGUGAGAGAACUGGGGUUAUUAAUUUUAGGUAGAGGAAUGACAAAGGCCUUACGCCAACAAGAAGGAAAAACCCCAGUGCACAAAGAUGUAUUAAUAAUAUGCGAAAGUACCGGCAGAAUAUAAUCAAGAAUGUGGAUGACCAUAACUCGACUCACGCUAUCAUGACCCACAGCCUUAGACUUAAUGGACAAAAUAAUUUUGCGGAUUUCUUCAAGAGAUACAGGACUAAAGACAAAAGAAUCGAUAUCGGGAGCAGAGAAAGAAGCAAUAAGGGAUAAAGUUUUAAAUUUUACUAUUGAGUUGAGGGAUGUGGUUUUAGCAAAGUGAGUAUUUAAUUGGUCUAAAGUGAAAGAAGUAGAAUCCACGUCACCUUUAGUUUUACCGAUACCAAGUGACCUUAGGAAUUUCCAUGUGUCAGCUAAAGAGGAAGAUAAAAUAUUUUCAUGGAUGUAACGGCGCUUCGCAGCUCUCACCAUCUGGUUACAGCGGUUUCUCGCAGCUUUAAAAUGAACCCAGCUCGCAUCACACCGAUCUCGCUUGUAAGCCCGAAACGCUUUAUCACGCCUAGACAUGGCCAUCCGAACAUCCCUAGUGAUCCACGGAGCAGGUGGCCGCUUCAGCUUUACUGCACGAACUGGUGCAUGAACAUCGAAUAGAUUUAGGAGAGUGGUAUUGAAGUUGGCUACUUUUUCAUCUACCGUCGGUGCAUCAUAAGUGGCAGCCCAGUCGGCACAAGCGGCAAACAAAUUUACAUUAUUUACAAAUUUCCUAAAAGAUAUCAGAACCGUACUCUGAAUAUAGCACUUAAAUAAUAUAAGAAGGUAUUUAAUUUCAGUAGUAUAUUGAUAUAAAUACUACCACAAUGGUAUAUUUUUAACAUUGGCAACAUGUGCGAGUGAGACACCGCGGCCCACCUUUGCUAUCUCAAGUGGACCGUUUUCUCUGUACUGGUACGAACGUCUUUCUGGCUCUGUGAUAAGGUUCAAUUUAGUAUGGCAAAAAAAGUGACAGUUCACUCCUUCUUAUAACUCCAUGAUCGUUUCUAGAUCUAUCAUAGUCUAAUAAAACAUACUGGUCUUCUCUUCCCAGAGUGACACAAGCCUACGUCACAAUAACAUUGCCACUUUAUAUAGCGCUAUCGCAUAUUAUCAUAUAGCGCUGUCGCAUGAUGACGUAGGCUUGUGUCAGUCACGUGACCACGAAAAGAUGGGAGGAGAGUACCAGGCGGAGUAUAUUAUUAUACCAUGAGAUCUAUUAAUUGACGUAGGUAUAUUAAAGUUCGAAUCGGGCCGAUUCUCUUUCAAUCGAUUUUGAAUCAUAUAAAUACUAAACUUACUUACACUUUACUUUAAAUACUGUUCAGCUCGAUUGAUAGUGCUACUAUUACCGUCUUAAGCUGCGUAUCCACUAGAGGCAAACUCAGGUCGAGCAGCCUCAACUUGAACCAAACAGCCUCAGUUUGAGGCUGCUCGUUCUGAGGCAAAGGCUCGAGGCACGUUGUGAUCAGCUCGAGGCGAAUCGCUUCAGCUUGAUCCGCAACGUGUGCAGUUUAAAGCCAAAACGCGUCGAUCGUCUCCAUCAAAUGCACGGCUCGGACUGAGGCUCCUUUGAGCACGGUAAAAAAAACCGACAAAAUAUGGCUCGGCUCGCGGCCACGAAUUUGCUUCGUGUCGCGGCGAGCCUCAGGUUGAGCAAGCGUCUCCACUUGCGCGGCCUCGGGGCGAGGCAGCCGCUCGACGCGAGGCUGCCUCUAAUGGAUACGCGGCUUUAAUCAUGGGAAAGGAGCCUUACUUAUAAAAUACCGCCAAUUUUUUAUUUUUUUCAUAAAUAUAUUAACACAAAGCAUAUACACAUAGCUAACAUGUAGCUGUAAUGAUAUGAUACUAACAAUAUUCUAUGGAAUUUUUUAAUAUUCUGAAAUAAAGAUAUUUAUUUUUUAUUUUUUAAUAUACAUUUAACAAAAUAUGACAGCGAACAAAGCCCCUAGGGCUUAACUGCCGCUGUAAUCGCUCUUCACAUAUCAUCAUUCUUUUUACUUAUUAACUAAAUUAACUAAGAUAUACGGCUUUCAAUAUUUGCUUACAUUUAUUGUAACUACGCUUUUAGGCGUUAGGCUCCCUCACAUUAAUUAAGUUGGAGAAGGAGGGUAUUUAGAGUAAAGUGUAAGUAAGUACCUACGUUUACUAUUUAUUUGACUAAAUCUCGAUUGAAAGAGCUGUGUAGGUAUAGUAGAUUGUUAACCAAGGGUUGAAAGGCACCCAUUUCUGUCGAGGUAGUUUGGCGCUCGAACGCAGUGAGAGCGCCAAUAGUCCGAGACAGAAACGGUGCCUUUCACCCGAGUUAAACACUCUACUUUUCAUAUUGAAUGCGAGGAAACCAAACAAGACAAGGCAAUUUCGCAAAAUCAGUAAUUGAAGUACAUAACAAACCUACGGCCAUGAUUUUUUCCUUAGGACUUACUUGCAAUCGGAGACUUUACAUGCGUGAAGAUUAAUCACCCCUAACGAAAAUCAUUUAGAUUGCAAUAUUUACGAAAACACACAUUUUUUUACAAACUACAACAAUUUUAAAAUAAUUUGUUCAUUAUAGUAUGAAAAUCAGCGGGAUUGCCUCGUACUUUUUUAAUUUUAUACUUUUUCGUUCUAAAAGCCGCAACAGACUACCGGACCGCACCGCGACCAUGGUGCGCCGCACCACGUCAUAAUAUAAUAAAAGUAUUUUUAAUAUUAAAUAACAAUUUAAUUAAUAAUAUAAGAAACUUUUAUCUUGUAUUUUAUUUUAUUUUAAUGAAUAUAGUUCUAAAUAACUUUAAAAACCAAUUUAAUAUCGUACAAACGUUUAACUGUGGCUGUAUAAGAUUCUGCCUUUGCUCAUUUACGCAAGCGUAAGGUUUAAAAAAAUAUUUUUGGUGUAUUCCUUUUGGUUCCCGCUUUAUGAAAUCGAGUAAAUAGAAUUCAACGAAAGAAAUCAAGAAUAAUUUGUUUUUAACAAAUUACUUACAUCAUUUUUUAUAAAAAAAGGAUCAACGUGGGAUUUGUAAAAUUAAAGAAUUACCAAUUGUUCCAGACGAGGAAAUAAAGACACUAUUUUUCCAUUUUGUUUCCACCCAGUUGUUCAUGGGACGGGGACGCAGAGGAGUACACCACUUUUCUGCGCUAGAGCAUAAACGUAUCACUUUCUGCGCACCUUUUAGAACAACAACGACCCACUUUCAGAGCAUGAGAUAUGAAAUUUUUUUUUAAAUCGUACUUGGAACCUAUAAUGCUCUAGUGGAGAAACGUAUCAUUUUCUGCACACCUUUUAGAACAACAACGAUCCUCUUUCAGAGCAUGAGAAAUGAAAUAGUGUUUUACAUCUCACAUGUCUGCAUGAACAGUAUUUGUUUUAGUUUACGCCCAGAUGACCUUAUCGAAUGAAAUAAUAUGAUAAUAAAACAAAACACACGCGUGUUUAUUUUCUCUCUCUUUUUCUAUGCCAAAUAAUAAUAGUAGCAAUAAUAAUAGUUUGUAAUAUUAUAUAAAUGACUAUAACUAAUUUAUAUAAUAUUACAAACCAGGGAAGAAUACUGAAUGGAUGGAAAUUUUGUAAAACAAUAGUUAGUAAUAUUAUAUACCUACUUAAAAUAGUUAUAGUCAUUUAUAUUAUUACAAACUAUGUUUUACAUAAUUUUCAUCCAUUCAGUAAACUCUUUGUCCUGUUUCCUUAUAUAUCGAUUAAACUUUUUUUCCCACAAACCUA